AUGACUGCAGAGAAGGUUUCCCAUCCCAAAAACACGUUGCUUGUGCCGGUUACCCCCAAGCCCAAACCCAAGUCUACACCCUCUGUCCUCAUACCGCUCGUCGCAGCAAUACCAGUGCAAGCAGAGAAAGCAGCCCAGAGCCCCCCAAGAGCGACUAAGUCGAGCCCACUCUACCAGUUUGUCUGCAAUCUAGUUCCUCCCUAUCCUUGGACAAUCAUGGAGCAACAUCCAAUCAAUGCGGUAGAAAAGGAGAGCUUAGCAAGCAGGAACUUGACGAGGUAUUUACAAUUCAUUGAAAACAAGAAGUCUUCUGUUUUAAAGUUUGAGAAGUCUCAAAUUGAUUACAUGUUGACUCAAGAUAUAGAGCUUGACGUGAGAUGUCGCUCAAUGUUUUCCCUGCAGUUUGUCGAGAUAGACGCGCUACUCUCCCAUGAUUCGCCGAUUAAACAACCACGCGGCUGUCAAGCGCAGCAUGUGUUGGUUUUGUUUUUGUUUGGCGCUGGAUUGGGGGAGUGGCCAGGGGCUGCCUUUGGCCGACCAAGAUGCAUUGACAAAAGAACGAGGCACCCGCAGGAUGCGGUGUGCGCAGAUUGUGGCGGGCGGUUUCGCCUAUGUCGACAACAGCAGCGCGACACGAGGCUCAUGGUACUACCCCGUUUUACGGAAAUAUACUCACAUUGCCUCAUUGAUCUUGGAAGUCGAGUGUCGUCCCUCGAAGCAGAGUUAAAGAGAACAGACAAAGCCGGUGAGAGUAACUCGGAACUCUUGGACAAACUUGAGCAAACAACCUUUAGAUAUGGCCAAAUAUUGCUUCAAGCACAGAAAAUCCAUGCCCUUGACCAACCUAACAGAAGGUUUUUGAGGAACCUUGUGACUUGGAAUAGGGGUAUUUUGAAGGAUGAUGACACCGGCUUCCUUGAAGAACCGCUUGAUGACUGGGUGUCGAUCAAGGACCACAAUAGGCUGGAUCAGUUCAUUACUUUGAUCCCAGCCACUAGCAUUGGCAGGGUACUGGCUUGGCCGUUCCGAUCAAACACAGAGAUGGUCGGGGAAAACAUGCUGGAUGACUACCACGAAGGAGUGAUGAAGUUUGCAAUAUUUACCGUUUUCAGUCUCAUCCUCGGGAUUUUUACCUGUGCCCCAGCCGGGAUUCAGUCUUUGAAUGUCGUAUCGACUAUUGGGGAAGUAGCGGUAUAUGUCGCGUUUGUGACAGUGUUUGGCUGGCUAAGCCUGGGACUGUUUCAAGGCUUCGAGAGACCGCUCUUGACUUCCCUGGCUUUUGCAGGACUCAUGGCUAAUCUUCUGCGUGGUAACAACUGA